UUUUUUUGUUUCUUUUUCUUGGUUCUGUAUCCAAUCUCAGUACUUCAUUCAAUCUUGAGAGCAUCUACUAUCCCACUACUAUCAACUCCCCGGCUUCUUUAGUUUUCUAUUAACCCAUCUGCUUGUGUUUGUUUUGUUUUCGUUUGGUCAUCACUCAUUACCUUGUAAUUCUUCCUCGAAGAAACGGGUUCAGGCUAUGGGGUUUCUCCUGCUCUUUCUGCUCUUAACGGUUUCUUCGGUUUACGCUGAUGAAGCCAAACAAACAGAUGCUUCUGCAGCAGCUUUCAUUGGAGUGAACAUAGGUGGAACAGACAUGUCAGACAUGCCACACCCAACACAAGUAGUUGCACUUCUGAAAGCCCAACAAAUCCACCAUGUCCGCCUAAACAACGCGGACCGGGGCAUGCUUGUGGCCCUGGCAAGCUCUGGCAUCAGAGUUGCAGUCUCCAUCCCAAACGAUCAGCUCAUAGGCAUUGGUGAGUCGAACUCGACCGCUGCAAACUGGGUUUCACAGAACGUGGUGUCGCACUACCCAGCCACCAACAUUACAACAGUUUGUGUUGGUUCAGAGGUGCCCUGGAACAUGGGCCGUGUCCUAGUCAGCGCCAUUAGGUACAUCCAUUCCGCCCUGGUAGCAUCUGGACUUGACAAGCAAGUGAAAGUGUCAACCCCUCUAGCAUCUUCCAUCAUCCUCGACUCGUUCCCUCCGUCCCAAGCCUUCUUCAACCACUCGUGGAAACCUGUUCUGAUUCCCAUGCUUCAGUUCUUGCAAUCCACGGGCUCCUCCUUCAUGCUCAAUGUCUACCCGUAUUACGAGUACAUGCAGUCAAAUGGCGUUAUCCCUCUGGACUAUGCUCUUUUUAACCCUCUCUCUGCUGCCAAAGAAGCUGUUGACUCUAACACCCUCCUCCACUAUACCAAUGUGUUUGAUGCUAUGGUGGACGCCGCUUACUUUGCAAUGGCUGACCUCAACUUCACGAAUAUCCCUGUGGUGGUGUCUGAGUCGGGCUGGCCCUCGAAAGGUGACCCCAAUGAGCCUGACGCCACUCUGGACAACGCCAACACUUACAACAGCAAUUUGAUCAAGCACAUUAUCAACCAAACAGGAACCCCAAAAUACCCCGGCAUCCCCGUCAGCACAUACAUCUAUGAGCUCUACAAUGAGGAUACAAAGCCGGGCCCAGUGUCAGAAAAGAACUGGGGAUUGUUUGACUCGAAUGGAAGGCCGGUAUAUAUCUUGCGAUUGACCGGGUCCGGAUCCGUUCUGGCAAAUGAUACUACAAAGGAGACUUAUUGUGUUGCAAAAGAAGGGGCAGAUCCUAGGAUGCUUCAGGCAGCUCUGGACUGGGCUUGUGGGCCAGGGAAGGUGGUAUGUUCACCGCUGAUGCAAGGUGCGCCCUGUUAUGAACCAGAUAAUGUGAUGGCUCAUGCGACAUAUGCUUUUGAUGCUUAUUAUCAGAAUAAAGGAAAGGUUCCUGGAAGCUGUGACUUCAAUGGGGUGGCCACUGUCACCACAACAAAUCCAAGUCAUGGUUCAUGUCUAUUUGGAAGGUAAUUUCUUUUUCCCUAAACACAUGUGCAAUGGUGGCAGAGCCUACCACACUUGGUAACUACCACAUGUGCAAUGGUGGCGGAGGGGGAAAAUUCAUUCACAUAAGUUUUGCAUGCUAGGUAUUUGGGGAAUAUGUAGGUAUUAUUAUAAAUAAUAAAGAGAUAGCUAGAUCUGACAUGUGUGGCUGCUGGCUCCCCAAGAUCUACCAGGACCAGCGAAGUUAGGGACUUGCUUGGCCACAACCCGUCCUAGUUUCAGUAGUUCUGUCAAAAAAGAUUGUUUCUUUGUACAUGAAGAAGAACACACACACACACACACACUAAAUUGAAAUUUCUUUCCGAAUCACAGCCAAUCUGAGACUAGGGGAACUCCAACUCUGCCAAUGCACAUACAUACAACAAAUUCUUCGUAUAUGUUAUGCAUCAUGUGGGUUCUGCUAAAAAAUAUCACAUUGCUACAAUAAAUUUUCAUGCUGAAGAUGUUCUUUCUAUAUGCAGAGGUAACAAAAACGACACAUAUCUGAACAGUACAUCUCCUACGGUGGAUUCAAAUUUAACAUCGGGCUCCUACUACUUGAACUACAAAUCCUUCUUUGCAGCACAUAUCAUGCUUGGGAUCUUAGGAUGGGGCUCAACUAUCUUGUAGUAGCGCAAUUUGAAUCUUUUUUCCUUGCUUGGUAGUUAGCUAGUUAGAAUGUAUGGAGCUUAUGAUGAUAGAUCUAUGGAUGUGCAAUUUUUUUGUGUGGUCAUUUUCAUGUGCAGAACAAAUUAUCUUGCUUCUCACUCCGUUAUUAGGUGGUGGAAUGUAUUCGCUGCAGACCCCCAAUCCAUACCGUUAGCGAUUCUACAUCUCUACCAAAGAUGUCUACAUAAAUAAUCCAUACUCAUAAACACGUCUACAUAGAUAGAUUAUAUUAAUCAUUUUGAUAUUUAAUAUAAAAGGAUACAGUGUUGAC